AUGAAUGCGUGCGUAGAGGAGGUUCGAGCAAAUAACCGCAACGCUGGUUAUUUGUCGGACAUAGGACAAGCUAAUUUGCAUAAAAAGUUCAACGAACGCUCUGGGAGAAACUAUUCGACCCGGCAAAUCAAAAAUAGGUGGGGUGUAUGUAGAAGCGAGUACAACACAUGGAAGACAUUGAUCCAGCAAGCAUCUGGCUUAGGAAGAGAUGAGCAUACACACACUAUUGCAGCUACAAAUGAGUGGUGGGCAUUGGAGAUAAAGGCACAUCCAGAAGCUGCCAAGUUUCGCUAUGCUCCACUAGCGGAGGAGGAAAAAAUGUCAGAGGUUUUCGAUACUACUUGUGUCACAAAUGAGCAUGCGAGGGUGCCAACUCCCUCAUAUCAAGGUGAUCCCUCUCGAAUCAGUUUGGAGGAUGACUCAGGGUGUGAUAGUCAUGAAGGCCAAGUUACCCCUGUUCAAAAUCGAGCCAAGGGUGGGAAGAAGAGGGCGUGUCCUUAUUCGCCAAGUCCAAAGAUGAAUGACAAGUGGACAAGUGAGAAUGCUAAAAAUGAGUCUUUUGUACGCAUGGUGGACAUCUUUGGUGCAAGAGACAAGAGGGAUAGAGAUGUAGAGGAGAGUGUGGAUCCAACAAGAGAAGAGAUUAAACAAAUGAUGGCCAUGGUGGAAGCGGAUGGUGCAAAACCAGGAAGUGAUGAGCAUUUCUAUGCUACAUUUCUUUUCAUGGAAAAGAAAUAUCGUGAUGUUUUCUCCACUUUCACGGCUCAUGAAUCUGUUGCAAGGCUUGGAUGGAUAAAGAGGAUGUGGGAGCUCAAUAAUAAGUAGAACAUCUAUGUUUUAAUUGCUUUCUACCAGACUAUUUACUUGUAAUGUUGUGAGCUAAGCUACUUGCUUUGGAGGUGUACUUUUGUGAACUAAGCUAUUUGCUUUG